AUGAUAAAACGUUCAUCGCAUUUUGACUACAACCACAACUUCAGACAGGUUCAGGUCAACCCCACCCCACCCCAUACAGACAAUUUUCAGUCAAACCCACCCCAUACAGACAAGUUUCAGUCAACCCACCCCAUACAGACAAGUUUCAGUCAACCCACCCCAUACAGACAGGUUUCAGUCAACCCACCCCAUACAGACAAGUUUCAGUCAACCCACCCCAUACAGACAAGUUUCAGUCAACCCACCCCAUACAGACAGGUUUCAGUCAACCCACCCCAUACAGACAGUUUCAGUCAACCCACCCCAUACAGACAAUUUUCAGUCAACCACCCGGCACAAGUUUCAGUCAACCCACCCCACACAGACAAGUUUCAGUCAACCCACCCCAUACAGACAAGUUUCAGUCAACCCAUACGCACACAGACAAGUUUCAGUCAACCCACCCCAACGACAAGUUUCAGUCACCCACCCCAACAGACAAGUUUCUAA